UUCUCGCGUAAUCCCACCUAUUGUCUAUAAUGCUGGAUAUUUGUAACGCCACUUCGACAUUCGAAAAUCUUGUUAAAGAGUGGAUUCCAGCUUUAUGAGAUCAGAUGGGACGUCCGCAAACGUUUCACAUGAGCUGCGAAGGAAACCUGUUGAUCCGAAAGUGAAUGCGGGAUGUUAGAGCACAGUAGCUAAGUAUUCAAAGAAUUAAAAAUGAUGGACACACAGCGUGCUUUGGUGGCAGUGGAACGUUUGCAGAACAAGCUGAAGGAAAGAGGAGAAAUGCCUACCGAGGAAAAACUCAGUCUGCUUAAGAGUGUUUUACAGAGCCCUCUGUUCCACCAGAUACUUAUCAUGCAAGAGACUGGACAGCAGCAACCCCAACAGCAGGAUUCUCCCAUGACGCCUCAGUCCCAGUCUAUGAGCGAUGAUGUGGACUCUGUGAAUGCUUCUCAGCCCAAUUGCACGCUGAGGUACAGAGACUCCUACCUCUCUGCCCAGCGAAGCAAUGACCGAUCCACCAAUCAAGUGACUUUUGACCCCUGCGUCGCAGAGGACAUUUCACAUCUGCAGUAUAUUGCCCGGGGUCGGACCGUUCUCAGUUUUGACGUGGAGAGGGGAGAGAGUGCUUUAGGCAUCCGCAUUAUUGCCGUGGAUGCCGAAAGCAGCGGAGGUCAUGGUAUCUUCAUACAGGAGAUUCGAUCAGGCUCAGUGGCAGACAGUGAUGGACGCCUGUGUGAGGAUGAUCAGAUUUUGGCAAUCAAUGGCAAGCUGAUUGACUCCUCAGUGACGCAUGAACAGGCCGUGAAGAUUCUUCAGGAAGCCUCCUCCACUGUAACCUUAACUGUAGCCAGAGGACCAGUUGCAGAGGCCAAACCCCCACAGAUGAGCCACACUCCUCGACAGAUUCAUCUGAUCGAGUUACAGAACGACGGAUCAGGCCUGGGCUUCGGCAUUGUGGGAGGGAGGACUACCGGCACCAUGGUUAAAACCAUCCUACCUGAAGGUCCAGCAGGAAAAGAUGGCAGAUUGCGUAGUGGUGAUCUGCUCCUCCAGAUUGGUCAUGUUGACGUGUCCUCCAUGAGCAUUGAGGAGGUGGCACAGGAGCUUCAUCUUGCCGGAACCAAAGUGAAACUUCUCAUCGCCACCGCUGAUGGUGACCUCUCUUCCCCGAUCGCCCGACAACAGGACACUCAGGAUUCAGCAGAGCGAAAGGAAAACGAUUUCAGUAGAAAAAGAUUAGCCAAAAACGGCUUGGGCGUCAACAUCGCUAAGUCUACGGAAAACCUGGACACAGUUUUAGAGGCAGGUGAGUUUGUAAUAAAGAGUAUAUUAAAGGGAAGCAGGACGGAGAGUGAUGGACAGAUUCACACUGGAGAUCACAUUGUCGCUGUGGAUGAUCAGAGUCUGAAUGACUGCGGUGAACCAAUGGCAGAGGAGAUUUUGGAUUCGACUGGCCAACACGUGGAGGUCUAUCUUCUGAACAAGAACUCACAAUCUGGAACACAAGCGUCCCCCACAAUCUCCACAACCUCCGAAAGACCCCUGACACCAAUGGAUCUCCUGCCCCCUCCUCCACCCCCCCAUCUACCAGAGCCAAAGUCAGUGCUGCCCCACGGCAAAGUUCUCUACACUGAGCGACAUGACCUCAACUUCAACAGAGAGAGCAUUGAGUCGAAGCAAACCUGUUAUUUGGAGUCCAAGAUGGAGAACUGCAACCACCAGUCAUCCCUACAAAAACUGUCUGAGGAAGACGAGAGAAAACUAAAGGACAUGUGGCAAAGUAAACUGGGCCCUCAAUAUGAAAUCAUGGUGGCUCAGGUUGAGAAGUUCAGUGAGAGCAGUGGUCUAGGUGUGAGUUUGGACACCAAGGAAGGUCAUCAUUAUAUCUGCUCUAUAUUGCCGGAGGGUCCAGUGGGACAGUCGGGAAUCAUCCGCCCUGGAGACGAACUUCUAGAGGUGAACGGGUCGUCUCUGAUUGGUGAGACACAUAAGGAAGUGGUUUGUUUGCUCAAGGAACUUCCUGUGAGAGUUUGCGUGGUGUGCAGUCGCCUCAUUCCAACCACACUCAUCAAGGAAGAUGAUGCCGAUGCUGAUGCUGAUGAUAAUGAUGUGCAACUUACCCUCAAGGAGCUACUGGCAGAAUUUAAUGAAAAGGCUGAGCAAAAUUUGAUCAGCACUGACAGUGAGGAUGAUGGGAAGACAGACGCUCCAGUUCUAUCCCAUCAGGCCAUGUGGGAGAAUGAGAUUCACGUUUAUGAGCUGCAGAAAGGCCAUUCUGGUCUGGGAUUUAGUGUACUAGACUACCAGGACCCCAUGAACCCAGGGCGGACUGUCAUAGUGAUCCGCUCUCUCGUAGCAAGCGGUUUGGCAGAGAGAGAUGGCCGCUUGUUGCCAGGCGACCGGCUGAUGUUAGUCAAUGGAACCGACUUGAGCCAUGCGAGUCUAGCCGAGGCUGUUCAUGUUCUGAAGAGCACUGCUUUAGGAACCGUACACAUCGGAGUCUCCAAACCAUUACCAGAAAAUGACACCCAGGACACAGGAUCUGAUGUAACAGGCAAGAGCUACUCAGCACAUAACAAUAAGCAAGGAUUUCUGAAGAACAACUUUCAAUCGCAUAAUAGCAAGAUGGAGGCCGGUUCUAAAGCCAUCUCUGUCCCCUCCAGUGGUUUUGACAGAACCGUAACUAUUGUCAGGGGAAACUCCAGUCUGGGUAUGACAGUGAGUGCCUUAAGGGACGGUUCAGGCAUGAUAAUCCGAUCAGUGGUUCAUGGCGGGUCAAUCGGUAUGGAUGGGAGACUGGCAGUGGGGGAUGGAAUUAUAGCCGUCAAUGGGGAAUCCACCACUGAUCUGACUAACGCACAGGCCAGAGCUCUGCUGCGAAGACAUUCACUCAUUGGACCUGAUCUGAGUGUGAUGUACAUACCUGCCGCCUUCCUGGAGGAGUACAGAGCCAGCUUUGCCCAAUCCAAACAGGAAAUGGAAACACACCAUCCCACCACUAUCGAAUCCAAGCCACCUCUGAACUUGCCCUUUAAAACCCUGGAAUGCAUUUCAGAACAGCAGAGUAAAGUGGAUGGUAGACGGGUGAAUGGAAAGAUUCAUGUUGCAGAAGUGAAUGACAGUAGAGAUAACCCAAGUCACAUAAGGCAAAGGGAGAAUGGUGAAAGACGGGAUGAGGACAUACAAGCUGGCAGUAAAGAAAUGAAUGGACAGAGUGCCAUGAAAGAUAAAGGUGAAGAAGAGCCUCACAGGAAGGAUCAUAGUUCGUGGAGUUGCCCUAAUAGGGUGACGUUAUUUAAGGCGGGAGGGACGUGUCUAGGGAUCAGUGUGGUGGGGGGCCGUGGCAUGGGGAGUCGUCUGAGCAAUGGAGAAAUGAGAAGAGGCAUCUUCAUUAAACACAUCGCUGAAGACAGCCCAGCAGCCCGCAGCAGAGUUCUGAAAGAAGGAGAUCGCAUUCUUCAGGUCGGAGGUGUAGAUGUGAGUGAUUUUACUCAUGAAGAAGCCGUUGAGGCGAUUCGAAGAGGAGGAAACAGAGUAGAACUGCUUGUACAGAGUCCACGGCUUUCGACCCCUGUCAACUGCCAUGAGGAAGACAAUCUGUCAAAGACAAAUGAUCAGGAACAUGAGAUACCCAAUAAUCUUUCGCACCUCUCCCCCACCUGCCCCUUCAGCCCGGCCCCCUUUAAGCGUACUGGAGAAGAAAAGUUGGGGAAGCCUAACAUAAUGAAAGUGGCCUCCAGGCCUCUGGACACAGAAGCAAAUGGAGUGCAGAAAGUUCCAGAGAGACCACCCCUGCCAGAGGAAACGUCACAUCAUCAGAGCGAUCAGGAGCAGACCCCUUACUGGAGUCGCGUGCUGCAGAGGUACGGCAGCCUGCCCGGAGAGCUACACAUGUUCGAGCUGGACUGCAGUUCACACAGCUCCGGACUCGGCCUGUGUUUGUCGGGAAACCGAGAUGGUGCGCGUGGAAGGAUGAGCGUGUACGUGUCGGAGAUCAAACCAGACGGAGCUGCUGCCGCAGAUGGUCGGAUCAGAGUGGGAGAUGAACUGUUGGAGAUAAAUGGACAGGUGCUGUAUGGGCGCAGUCACCAGAACGCUACAGCGAUCAUCAGUAGCGCUUCAGCUAAAGUCAGGGUCCUUCUCACCAGGAGUAAAGCUAAAUUGAAACAAAUGGCUACAGGACCAGUAUUGGAGAUGGACGGCUGUCCUGUUAAAUCCCCCUCUACUGCAUCUGAAGGUCAACAUCAGGAUGGAAGGAUCAGUGAAGAGGAUAAACUGAAGUCUUGCUCCUCAGAGAAGCUCAACGCUGGUCUUCCUGCUUCAAUCAAUGCCACAUCCAAUCACAAGCUCCCCUGUCAUCCUGCCAGUCACACACCCUCCAGCCGCUGUUCCCCUCUGUCAUCUGACAUCUCAUCAGCUGAUGAGAGCCGAUCGUGCGGUUUUACAGCUAAUCAGAGCUCUCGCAUGGGACCUCAAAGCACGUCUUACUUGGCUCAGUGUUCUGUGACCUCUGUCCCUCUUACAUGUCCCAUCGUACCUGGUUGCAUUAAUAUCAUUGAUAUCUGCAAGGGCUACACGGGGCUCGGCCUCAGCAUAGUAGGAGGAUGCAACACAGCGCUGGGUGUAAUAAUGAUUCAUGAAGUCAAUAAGGGUGGCGCAGCACACAGAGACGGUCGGUUAUGGGCAGGAGAUCAUAUAUUAGAGGUAAACGGCAUUGAUCUGAGAAUGGCCACUCACGAGGAGGCCUUGAGCGUCCUGCGCUUGAGCCCACAGCGUGUGAGACUGUGUAUAUACAGAGAUCAAGUCAAAGACACACUGCAGAAUCACACAAUCCACACACCCGAGGACAUGUGGGACCUCUUCAGCGUCGACCUGAACUUAGAACUGGGACUUAGUCUGGGCUUUGGCAUUGUGGGUAAAAGGAAUGACACAGGAAUCUUUGUGUCUGAGAUAAAGAGGGGAGGGGUGGCGGACCUGGAUGGGAGACUGUUGCUAGGUGACCAGAUAUUGUCUGUGAAUGGGGACGACAUCCGAGCGGCAUCGCAGGAAUAUGCCAGUGCGCUGCUGCAGAGCUGUACUGGGUCUGUACUUUUUGAGGUGGCACGUUUUAAAGCUUUACCAUACUACUCAUAUGGAGACCAGCCGUGUGAGGUGGACGUCCCUCAUCUCUCGUCUCUCUGCACAAACGACUCUGCGGACGAAAACGUGGACAUCAGAACGGUCACUGUUCAGAGGCAUGAGUGCGAUUCUGUGGAGCUCGGAGUGCGAGACACACAGGGACACGCAACAAUUUACAUCUCCAACCUGGACCCUACCACGCCUGCAGCACAGUCUGGACUCCUUCAGCUCGGCGCUGGAUUGAUCAGCAUUAACGGGACAGCAACAGAAAAUCUGUCAGUCGCUGAAGUGAAAGCCCUUCUGAGAAACAGCAGCGGGCCUGUCACACUGCAGGUGAUGCCGAGUGGCUGUGUGGGUGGAGCAGUGUUCAGCAAAGAUCAGUCAUCUUUAAUUCCCUCCUCAACUGGACUCUUGGAAAAUCAACAGAGUUCUCCUCAGUUUCAAACUAUCGCUCUUGAACGUGGCUCUGCUGGGCUUGGCUUCACUAUUGUGGGAGGAAUCGGCAGUUCCCACGGCGACUUACCCAUCUAUGUCAAGAAUGUAUUCUCCAAGGGAGCUGCGGUGGAUGACGGGCGUCUGCUGGGAGGCGAUCAGUUGCUGGCAGUAAAUGGGCGGAGUCUGGAGGGUGUCACUCACACCGAGGCUGUUGAGAUCUUGAGACAGACCAGUGGACCGGUUACUCUACAAGUACUCUCAAAUAGAUCACCGACUUGCUGAUAAUAUCACAUAGAAGACAUUUUCACUUUUUCUGGAGGAUGAUUGUCAUAAACUGAGUGAGAACAGAUGACGGCCUAGUUCCACUUCUCAAAGCGUGCAGUCCGGCACACAGAUGGCAGUCAAACAAACUAAGAAAUGUGACACUGGAUGUACAAGGGAAAGUGGGAGAAGCCAAUAGAUAAUAGUGCUAAACUAUGAUUCUCUGUUAUCGAAAAACAUAUCAGCUGUUUUGUACUGCAUUGCAUGAAAUUGUCAUUUAAUUCACUUUUCAGCAUCCGAUAGUUCCAAAAGGAAUUAUAUUAAAUCUAAAUUGUAUAGAUAAUUGAGCAUAAUUGUAAGUGUGGUUCAAUUAUCUGAUGAACACAAUAGUGGAAAGUUGUAAAUCACGGGAUGAAAUAUUUAUGGAACCAUUCAGCUAUUUGCUAAUAUAGGAACAUUUUUACCGAUCAUAAUAUUUAAUAAUGCUGUCAGAUUUAUGUAGUUCCUUCUUAGCUCUAAUGAUUCAGAAUAACAGUUCAGAGAUUUGCCUUUCUACAUCAUGUGUAUUUCCAUAUAUUAGCAACAUGUAUUAAUUAUUGCUGUAAAUAAUAAAGUCUUUAUGUUAUGUA